UGAAAGUGGUUCAGUCAGUCGGUUGGUGAGCAUUGUCGGAGACGGUCGCGUAUUAUUUAUUCGCUCAAGGAAAUAAAAAAGAAAAUUGAAAAGAUUAUAAAAUGUGGCACUCGCUGCCAUCGUUUAUCAGCGCUGCUGUUGUUCUCUGUCUUGUGGCAGGCGCAAUUAGUCCAACGGCUGGCUGCCCCAGGGCGCCCACACACUUGCCUCAUGGCCGACGUACACGCGGCGACAACGGAUACAAAUUAAUUGUGGCUGAUGGACCCAAUGGCUAUAUGCCCGGCAAGGCAUACAACUUACUGUUGCUUGGCUCACGUACUCAUACAAAAAUUCAGCACUUUACUCACUUUACCAUUGCUGCUGAGGCGCACACUGGCGCCAGGCGUGCGCAGGUGGCCAGUCCACGCCGUGUUGGUCGUUUCCAACUCUUCAGCGAUUCACUUACCAAAUUCAACGAUCGCUGCGUCAACACAGUCUCCGAAGCAGAUGAUUUGCCCAAGACUGAAGUUCAGGUUAUGUGGGUGGCACCAGAGGCAGGCUCGGGCUGUGUCUCACUAUCUGCUAUGGUAUAUGAAGGUCCACGAGCCUGGUUCUCGGAUGAUGGUCAGCUCACCCAAGUAAUAUGCGAGCACAAGCCAAGCGCAGCUGCUGUGAAUAAGGAGUGCUGUGCUUGUGAUGAGGCCAAAUAUAGCUUUGUUUUCGAGGGCAUCUGGUCAAAUGAGACGCAUCCAAAGGAUUACCCCUUUGCCAUCUGGCUGACGCAUUUCUCUGAUGUAAUUGGCGCUUCGCAUGAGACAAACUUUUCCUUCUGGGGCGAGAAUCACAUCGCCACGGAUGGUUUCCGUUCGUUGGCCGAAUGGGGCUCGCCCACGGCCCUGGAAACGGAGCUGCGUGCCCAAGGUCCCAAACUGCGUACGCUCAUCAAAGCGGCUGGUUUAUGGUAUCCAAAUGUCAAUCAGAACACUUCUUCUAAAUUUCGCGUUGAUCGCAAGCAUCCCAAGAUUUCGUUGGCAUCCAUGUUUGGUCCAUCACCUGACUGGGUGGUGGGCAUUAAUGGAGUAGAUCUUUGCACCUCCGAUUGCAGCUGGAAGGAGUCUAUGGACUUUGAUCUAUAUCCCUGGGAUGCGGGCACUGACAGUGGUAUAACAUAUAUGUCCCCCAAUUCUGAGACUCAGCCACGCGAACGCAUGUACAGAAUUACGACUAUGUAUCCCGAGGAUCCACGCGCACCCUUUUACAAUCCAAAGAGCCAGCAAAUGACGCCGCUGGCCAAGCUCUACUUGCGUCGCGAGAAAAUUAUCUCACGCAAUUGCGAUGACGAUUUUCUGCAAGCUCUGCAACUGGAGGUGUCCGAUGAUGCCGAGGAGCAGGAUACACGGGCUGAAUGUCGUGUGAGCGGCUAUACUUCCUGGAGUCCUUGCUCGGUUUCUUGUGGAAAGGGCAUACGCAUGCGCAGCCGACAGUAUCUGAAUGCCGAGCAGGCACAGCAGAGCAAGUGCAGCCGUCAACUGGUGUCGAAAGAGAUGUGUGUGGCGGAUGUGCCGGAGUGUGCCAAUGGCUCGGCUGGCCAAGAUCGUGACGAUGAUGAGGGCGAAAAUAUGGCCAAUUCGCAAUCGUUGAUCACCGAUAAUGGUGAAGGCGCCGGUAUCUGCAAAACGUCGCCCUGGAGCGUCUGGUCGGAGUGCUCGGCCAGCUGUGGCAUUGGCAUUACCAUGCGCACGCGUAAUUUUGUUAGUCCUCAGGGACGCAAACGCUGUCCCCACAUCACAAUUGUGGAGAAGAACAAAUGCAUGCGACCGGAUUGCACAUACGAACAGGUGGAACUGCCCGAUCCCGAUUGUCCGACUACCCAAUGGAGUGAUUGGAGUCCGUGCACAGGUAUAUGCGGGCGUGGUAGCUCCAUACGCAAACGCUUGGUGCUGCUGGAAGACGGCCCGAUGAAGGAGAAUUGCAGCAAACGCUUGGAGCUGCAUCAACAAAGGGAAUGCCAGCACGCCUUAGACUGCAACAUUAACAUGGAACAAGCCAAGGAGAUAUGCGUGCAGCAGCCAGAGUCAGGUCCCUGUCGUGGCAACUAUCAACGCUAUGCCUACAAUGCUCAAGCCAACCGGUGCGAAUCCUUCACCUACGGCGGUUGCCGUGGCAAUCGCAACAAUUUCCUCACCGAGAACGAUUGCCUGCACACUUGCAGCAAGAUACGUGGCGAGAAUGUAGACACGCCCAGCGAUCUGCCCAAGGACUGUGUUAUGUCUGAGUGGUCCAACUGGUCACCUUGCAGCGUGAGCUGUGGUUCCGGCUACACCGAGGGCUAUCGCUAUGUCAUCAGUGAGCCCCAGCGUGGCGGCCAAUCCUGCCCCAAGCGUCUGGUCAAGCAGCGUCGCUGCACCCAGCCAGCCUGCUAGACCCAGCAACAACAACUACACGUACAGCUGCAUCAUUUCUACAAUUAUUUUUAACAGUUUUCAACAAUCGCAAUAAACUUUUUGCCGGAAUCAACGCAACGCGCUAGUGUUUGUUUUAAUUGCUUUUGUUAUUAUUCAAGUCUUGACAUGGUUAAAA